AUGGCUGACCACAGCCCUGCGGAGCCGAGCCUGGCAGCAGCAGCAAAUAAAAUAAUGUCCGAAGGUGGUACACAGGGUGGUGGCGGCGACCCCGACGGUGCGCCCGGCGAUUCUGAGAGCGCUGCUGCUCAGGAGACCCAGACCCCUGUGGAGAACACGCCAAAGCCAAAGAGUGACUUUAUGCAGAGCCUGCCGAACUCGGUGAAAUGCCGCGUGCUGGCCCUUAAAAAGCUACAGAAGCAAUGUGAUCAGAUAGAAACUAAGUUCCAGAAGGAAUUUCACGCACUGGAAAGGAAGUAUAGCGAGCUCUAUAAGCCCCUCCUCGCCAAGAUCCAAGAGCUCAAGAGCGAGAUUAAGGGCUGUGCCUGGACCCUGGAAGGGGAGGAGCAGGACGAGGAGGAGGACGAAGAUGCGGAGGAGCAGGUGGAGGUGCAGGGGGCAGCGGCGGCCGCACCGGACUACGACCCCCACGCCGAGGUGCCCGACGACGCCGAGAAGUAA